CAACAGGCAAACUUGGGGUUAGCCCAAAAAGUGCAAAGUGAUACAGCAACAAUUAUGGACAAGCCCUUCUUGUAGAGAAUCAUGGGCUAGGAUGAGAGAGUGAGCAUUAUAGUAGAAUAUAUGUCAUGUUGUUUUUUGUAUAUUCAUAUUAUCAUUGUCUAAAAUAUUUUUUUCUCAAAUAGAUAUCACUAAUCAAUGAGAACUCCAUGUAUCAAUAAAUAUGUACAUGUUACUUUCAAUAAUUUAAUGUUAAAAUAAUAACGAAGAUAAAUAUAUUCUAGUUUUCUAUACAUACUAAUUAAAUGUCUUUCGUGGUUAAUGCACUAUACAUUAACCAUCUUUUUCUAACACGACGUCUCAUGGUCUGUCUUCAUAUAAUUUCAUUCACCACAUGGCGAACACAAAUAACAAGCUCACCCGUUGAGAUUCGAUGUAUAUGUCUUCUCUUCAGUUGGAAUGUGUGUGCCUCGUCAGACUUCAGAGAUAUUUUUCACCGAAAGAGAGCGGCCUGUAAGAAAUAACACCGUGACAAGGAUGGCUCGUUCUCAUACACACGUCAUGAAUGAGGUGGGAUUAAGAAUCGGAUUGAUCCGAUGAUUAUUCCGAAAUUAUCGGAUAGGGCCACGUGGAAGGUCAAAGUUUCUAGGGGUUCAUAGUCCGGGAGGAGAUCCACUGCCCGUUCUCGUCUUUUUGGCGCGUUGCGGAGGAGGGGCAGGAGGGGCAGGAGUCGCAGGACAGAAAAGGAAAGUGCUGCGGAAGAAAAUGAACGGAAGGGUUCGAAGGAAGUUAUAAGUGGGAGGAAGAGCAAAAAUCGUGGCAGAAAUUGUCACUUUCUCUUCUCUUUUUUGGGUUUUCAGUUCCAUUUGUGAGGGCAAUUGCGUGUCGUCGUGGGGUUUUCUGUCCAUUUGGAUUCUGUUGAAUCUAUCCUUCGUUUUCUGGAUCGGUUUUGUACAUCUCGCUCUUCUCUUCUUUUGCCUCUUCUGCUCUGUCUUCUGCUUAUUUCUCCGCUCUGCAUCUCCUUUCGACAACGAUUAGGGUUUGAACGAUCCGGUUCACGGUUGUAAUUUACGACACCUGCUAUCACCAGAGAGAGGAACCAUGUUGGCUCAAAUUGCCCGAAGGGUGUCAAACACCGGAUUUCAGAACGCAAAUGGAGCUUUGAUCACAUUGAAACGCGCAUACCAUGAGAAAGUCGUCGAACACUACAACAAUCCCCGCAACGUUGGAUCUUUUGACAAGAAUGAUCCCAACGUUGGAACUGGUUUGGUCGGCGCCCCAGCCUGCGGUGAUGUUAUGAAGUUGCAGAUCAAGGUAGAUGACGAAGGCAACAUCGUCGACUCCUGCUUCAAGACUUUCGGCUGUGGAUCCGCAAUCGCCUCCUCAUCUGUCGCUACCGAGUGGGUUAAGGGUAGGCCGAUGGACGAGGUGCUGACGAUCAAGAACAGUGAUAUUGCGAAGCAUCUAUCUCUCCCACCCGUGAAGCUGCAUUGCAGCAUGUUGGCAGAGGAUGCUAUCAAGGCGGCUGUGAGAGACUACAAGGAAAAGAAAGCCAAGGCAGCUGGAAGCUCGAGCGAUGAUCGUGCUGAAGCGGCAGCCUAGGUUUGACCUGAUGUCGAAGAAAAUGUUCUUUGUACUUGUACUCCUUGAAGUACACAGUUGGCAGUAGUGGGCCUGUUUAUGCUAGGUCUGAGAGCUUCAGAGAAAGAUGGACAUGUCAUGAAAUCUUCAUCAGGUCGUCCUUUUGUAAAGCUUUUUAUUAUUGAGUUGUAAAAUAUUAGUUUUAUCCUUAGAUUCACAUGACCAUAAAAACAAUUAUGUUUCAAUUUCAGGUUGUCCAAUCUGUACAAUCUUUAUUCAGAAUUUAAACUUCAAAACCUAGCGGAUCACAUGCAUUAGUUCUGAUUCAUUUCAAUUUGUCAGUGUACACUGCAUAUUGAUUCCUUAAGUUAUAUAUUUAUGUUC